UGCGUGCCUACCUUUUGACGGUUCUGCCUCCGAGGCUCGUCACCCUGCAGAAAUGGCGUUGACGAUUGCCCGUCGAACCCUUCUUCUCGCUCAAGGGUCGCGGGCUCUCUCCAGUGAGGAUGGUGGGAAGAAGCUCACCGGUCUAGACUCGCUGUUUGCAAAGGCGAAGACCGGGAGCCCGACUGAUGCUACACCAGCUGCCAGCAGCAGCAGCAAUAAUGUUGAAGGCAAGGCGGCCAGCAGCACCGCCGAUGUACCGGCUGCUGCCGUGAGCAAUGCCGACGCAGGCACCAGCGGGAGCAGCAGUGCCUGGUCUCAGCCAGGCGCGGUGCAGCCCAAUUUCCUAUCGUCGGCCGGCAGCAGCGACCGCUUUCAAGACCUGAUGCAGGACAGCGAUGCGCCGGUCGUGUCCGACACCUCCAAUCCAUGGUUCACCGACAUCGUGGGCGGUGGCCAGGGCCUGGCCGGCGAGGACGCCGCGGAUGCGUCCGCGUCGCAGCAGGGCGCCUUCGCCACGUCGUCCGCGUCCGGCGAGGCACAGUACCAGCAAGAGCAGAGCGGCGGCGGUGGUGGUGCCGCGUGGCAGGUGCCCGAGGGCGAGGGCCAGUGGCAAGUCAACGUCCACUCGGAGCAGCCGCAGCACGACGAGUGGCAGGGCAGCAUUCAGCAGCAGCAGCAGCCCGUGCACGAUCAAUGGCAGACCAGUAUUCACGGUGACCAGCAGCAGUGGCAAGCUUCUGCCCAGCAAGACAUGUGGCAGCAGCAGCAACAGCAGCAGUCGCAAACACCACACGAUCAGUGGCAGCAACAACAGCAAGCGCCGCACGACCAGUGGCAGCAACAGCAGCAGCUGGCGGCUGCUGCCGCUGCCCAGGUGUCAGCACAAGAGCAAUGGAUGCAGCCGAUGCAGGAAGCUCAGCAGCAACAGCAGCAGCUCUGGCAGCAGCCUGCCGAUCAGCAACAGCAGCAGGACUCGCUGUGGGGAGCCGCAGCGCAACAGCAAGGCCAGCAGCCGAAGCAGGAUGACGAUACCAUCAAGGUGAAGGCUCUGGAAGACAACAACCCGCUGAAGGUGGACAUUCCCAUGGAUCGCGUCUUCAAGCCGCGCACCCCAUCACUGUGGGACCGCAUUUCAGGCACACCGCCCAUUCCCGUCGACCAUUGGAAAGAACUCGAUCGGUACGCGGAGGAGACGCCACCACUGGACGACGUUUCUCCGAUAUACCGAGACGCGGACGGCGUAAAGCACUACGUGCCGCAGAAGACGUUUACGGCGCGUGCCGAGCACUUGUCGGCGCUGCGCCAGCAGCUGCACCGCAAGGUUGACCGCCUGCAGCACCUCUACAGCUCUCAGCCGACCGACGUGGCGUACGGCAACGAGUUUCGGCAGCUGCGCCACGCCAUGAAGCCGCUGCGGCAGCAGCUGCGCAAGCAGCUCGGCCUGCGCCACUGGUACGGCGCCUGCGUCAGCCCCGCCGGCCUCCGCGGCGGUGGCAAGGGCAAUCGCUUUCCGCCGCCGGAGCACGUGGCCACGUCUCGCCGCAACAUCGACCAGGCCCAGGUGACAGAGGAGCGACUCUUGACACCCGAGGAGCUCGACGUGGCCGGCGCUGAGCUUCGGUCCAAGAUCAACGAUAUGCUUCAAGAGCCGUUCAAGACUGACGUUGUGAAGCCUUCACUUCACACGUCGGAACACGUCGGUCUUUACUACAAUGUUCCCAUGAAGGAAGCGGAGGAUCUGUUUUCUGACGAACUGCCACCGAAGUUUGCGGAACAAGUGAAGGACAUGCGCUCGUUUGACAUUCUCAUCCGCCAGCCGUCCAUCGACAUCUCCGAGGCCAUACAUCACGUGCACAACACGCCCGGUUACGGUGAGGCCGGUUGCAAUCCCAAGAUCCUGCUGUCGGGAACGCGCGGUGUCGGCAAGUCCAUCGUCCUGCUGCACUGCGUUCACAUGUGCCAGGACCUCGGCUGGCUCAUCUUCCACCUGCCUGACGUGAUGCAGACAACGCUGAAGCACGGACGUUACUACAAUCCAGCGCUGCGUGCUAACUUCUACAAGGACGACCGCUUCGACAUGCCGGAGCAUGCUGCUACAUGGCUUGGCCAGUUCGUCAAACUCAAUGGCUCCAAACUGGGAGAUGUGAAGCUGACUCGCACGUAUCAGUUGAGUGAGAAGGACGUUGUCGAAAUUGACACACCGGUCCUCAAGGCCAUUGAGAUAGCUCUGUACAAGACUGCCUUGGCAUCAGACAUCAUGGGUAUCGUGAUGAAGGAAAUCAGCCACACUAGAAAAUUCAAGAGCCUGUUUGCCAUGGAUGCGUACAACCAGCUGUUUGAAGGUUGUUACCGUCAUCCCACUGGGUCACAGGAGAUCCGACCUGCUCAGAUUUCUCACUUGCGCCACUUUAUGCGUGCGCUUCGCGACGACAACUACAUGGGUAAUGGUCUGGCCGUUCUUGGUCUGCGUCAUUUCCUCGGCUACAAACGUGACCAGUACCCGUCGUACCAUGAUAACGGAUAUGCCAGGGAGUUCCUGAACGAAGUGGGCGAGGAGUUCACACGUCCCUAUUAUGAUGUGCAUGUGGAGCCAUACACGGACAAGGAAGUAGCAUCCACACUCAACUACUACCACGACCGUAGAUGGAUUUCCAGAGACAUCUCUCUGAAGAUGUAUCAGCAGACGAAGUUCCUCUCGGGCAGCCGUCCAUCGGUCAUACAGGACAUGUCGCGGGCUAUGUAACAGCACCAACAAACGAGCUAGCACCAGCAGCAGUAACCGCUGCUGGUGCUGCUGCUGUUGGCUGCCAGUCACGGCUACUGGUGACGGGGCUGUUGCUGUUCACAUGAUCUGCCGGCAUGGCUGUGUGCACUCCAGUCUCAAUCCUGCUUCUGCCGUCGUGUGUACAAGUGCAGCAUUAGCAGCACUCGCCAUACACCGGGCACUACUGUCGCCCCGCUGUGCUACGCAUCUGUCCCCCCGACCGGCGCUUUCAUUUCCAAUGCAGCAGCGGACACCCGUCUGCAUUGUUGUCACGGACACCGCUCCGGUUGCCGCCAAGUAACCGUUGCGGAGCUGAUGUCAGAUGUGCGCGAGAACUAUUUAUGCAGUGCUAUCAAUUACAUAGUGCUGCCGCUGUGACGAUAUGUGCAAUGGCUUUUCCAAUUUCCAGCACCCCAGUGCUGGCCUCUAUAGUGUCUGAGUAUGUAGCACAGCAGUAUGGUGAUGUUGUGUGUGUGUGUGUGUGUGUGUGUGUGUGUGUGUGUGUGUGUGUGUGUGUGUGUGUGUGUGUGUGUGUGUGUGUGUGUGUGUGUGUGUGUGUGUCUGGAGAGGUUUCACCACCCUCCAAUGCAUGCACUAUCAUGCAGCUCUGCCGGCUGUGUCUGCGUCAUCCUCUUGCCACCCGUAGUGUACAUGUAACUCCCAUCGUCGGCCCGCAAGGGUCGUGCGCUUUCUUUCUGCAUUGUUAACGAAUUGUUAUGUAAGUUAGUUACCACCGCUUUGCGUGGUAAGUUUGA